AAAUAUAGCUAAUAACCAUAUAAUUUUUUUUAGAAGAAUACAUGGUUCUGUUUGAAGUAGGAGUAACGUAAAAUUGUCUUUGUGUGAUUUAUAUGUCAUAAGUUCGAGCCGUAAAAUUGUGUCUAUGUGAUUUAUAUGUCAUACGCUCGAAUCAUAAAGUUGUCACUGUCUGAUUUAUAUUAAAGAAAAAUUAUUCAAUUUAUUUAUACUUUUUUUUUUAGGAUCAUCUACAAUCUAAUGUUGAACAAAUUUUAGCAGAAAAAUCUCUCCCUUCAAUAUAGUAGUGAUGUUUAGAUCAACUUGUACGUUAGCUAUUGCUUUCUCGUAUGUGUAUUUGCUAAAUCUAUCCAUCGAGGCUUAGACUGAUGAGAAGAAAUUUCUAGAAGGCUUUUUUGUUUUUGGUAUUAGAGUUUUAUAGCUAGUAAUGAAUAGCAUGUUUGGAAUUUCCAUUUUUUUUGUGUGUUUGUGAGACAGAGCUAGGAUUUGAACUUAACGUGUUCUAAAUUCUAGGAUAGGCGAUAUUAGGUGUUAGUAAUUGAGUUCUGAAUUUAAAAUUUUGUACAUAUAUUUACUAGAUUUCUUAAUUAGCACAAAUACAGAGUUUGGACUAAAGUUACUGGUUAAGCGGAACUUGUAGGUAACCUUCUAGCUCCGCCCCUAAUAGAUCAAGACUUGUAUAUGGAGUUUUGGGUUGUUGUAGCAGCUGCAGGAGCAGGUUAUGUAGCACAAUAUUUGCAAAGUUCAUCAGAUGAAAAGGGCAACUUAUUAGUAGAUAACAAGAAGAAUUUGUUGCAUCAACUACGCGAAAAAGUGUGUCCUUUUCAUAUAUUAGCUCGAAAAAGAGCUAAAAAGGAUGUCUCAGAUGAUGAAGAAGUUUCCAGAUUCAGACAUCUUAAUCUUGAUUCAUCAGAUUGCCUCGAGAAAGAUUCAUUUUGUCCAUCCUCAGCAAAAGAAUAUACAGGUACCAGGAACAAAGAUUCUGGUGGAUCAUUCAAUACAACAGGGCUACCAAAUGGAAUGGCUCUAUUCUAUAUGGGAAUUGUUAGUGGCAUGGUGUCUGCUGUUAUUGCAAACAGAAAAGAGAUAGAAAAGGUGAAUGAGAAGUUAAAAUGGACCAAGAAUUUAGUUCAGAAGUUAGAAAAUGAGCUCAAUGUGAAAGAGAUUGCUAAUGAUGAUUAUGAGAAUCCAAAUCUAUGUAGUCCCUCGAUGUCAACUGUUGAUGAACCAACAAGUGAAGCAGAGAAACACGAGUCGAUGAGCGAAAUUGAGGCAGAGCUUGAAGCUGAAUUAGAAAGGUUGGAAAUCAGCUUGGAGGUUUCAAACUUUGAAAGAAUAUCUGAUUGUGUUGAGCUAAAUCCAGAAGAUGAAAUAAAUGUGGUUCGUGGAGACUUGAAACUAGAUUGCCUCAAUGUGCAGAGCCCUGAUUCAUCAGGAUCAGAGAGUGGAACUUGGAUUGAUCAUUCUAAACCUGCCAACCAUCCUGUUUCCCCGAGGGAGCUAAGCUCGCGUCUGCAUGAGGUGAUAGAAUCCAGGCUAGAAGCUCGAAUUAAGGAGCUCGAAACAGCCCUUUAUCAUAGCCAAAAUAGAGCUUGUUCAUUGGAAACACAACAUAAUCUCUCUCAAAAGGCCUUUGCAUUGCGCGAUUCAGAGUCCUCUUCAUGUCUACAAAGUCCAGAUUGGUAUCAUGAGGCUGAUGAAGAGACCAUCAGUAUCAUGCAUGGAAGUGAAAAUGCUUUUGACACUAAUACAAGAACCCCUCCUUUUGAUGGAGGAUUGAUUGAUAGCCCAAACGAAGAACAGGGUGGCCUGGUUCACGAACGUAAGCAGCCUACCUUGAUACAAUUAUUAAAGACAGAAUCCAUGGCUCAAACCCGUGAGCUACAUGUCACACGGAAACAACAUUACUAUUGCUCCAAAGUUCCCAUUCAUUGAUAGACCAGAUAUGAUGGGAAAAUGAUCAUUAUCUAUAUUAUGUUGUCUUCUGUUAUUUUUUAUGUUACAUUGGUAUCUUCUUACAACUCUUUUGAGUAUAGAGACAAAAUGUGCAGUAUACAUGUAAAGAUUGAAGAAUUUUUUAUAGAUUAAUAGACAUUAGGGAUAGGGUGUUAUUCCGUA